AUGCCUGCGCCUCCUGGCCAUUUGGGCAACUUGACGCCCGAACAAGAGGCCAAACUGCGCGAAUUCUGGGCCGUCACUUUGAAGGUCUUCGGCGUGGAAGACCCCCGACAGGCGACUGAACCAGAUCCCCCGCGCGCCCAAGAUGCCGUAUCAGAACUUGAUGUCAAGGAGAAAGAGAAGAGCAAAAAGCGACUGGGCAUAUUCAAGAGACACAAAGAUAAGGAGUCGAGCAACGGGUCGGCCACGCCAACCAAAGACCCCAGCCGUUAUGCCGAUUCCGAUGAUAAGUAUGGCCAGGUAAAGGAAUUUCAGCAGAUAUUAGUCACGCAGGCUCCCGAAUCCUUGCGCGACACUUUUUGGAGCAUGGUAAAGGCCGAUCAUCCAGACACGCUACUGCUGCGGUUCCUAAGGGCGCGAAAAUGGGAUGUCGACAAGGCGCUGGUCAUGUUGGUUUCUACGAUGCGAUGGCGAAGUCAAGAACAACAUGUCGACGAUGAUGUCGUGCUCCGGGGAGAAGGUGGAGCUCUGGAGGACUCGAAGUCCAGCGACCCGUCCAUUAAGAGAGAAGGAGAAGAUUUCCUUGCGCAACUAAGGUUAGGGAAGAGUUUCCUGCAUGGCACCGAUAAAGAAGGCAGACCCCUGUGUUUUGUGCGGGUGCGGCUUCAUAGAGGCGGAGACCAGACAGAGCGUGCCCUAGAGCGAUAUACGGUUUAUGUGAUUGAGACCGCUAGACUUGCUUUGCGGCCGCCAGUAGAAACUGCUUGUAUAGUUUUUGACAUGACCCAUUUCACCAUGUCCAACAUGGAUUACACCCCUGUCAAGUUUAUGAUCAAGAUCUUCGAAGCCAAUUAUCCCGAAUCUCUCGGUGCCGUGCUCGUCCAUAAGGCGCCAUGGAUCUUCCAAGGAAUAUGGAAAAUCAUCCGUGGAUGGCUCGAUCCCGUGGUGGCAGGCAAAGUGCACUUUACGUCCGGGGUGGAAGAUCUCGAGAAGUUCAUUCCUAGAUCGCAGAUCAUCAAGGAGCUGGAUGGAGAUGAGGACUGGGAAUAUAAGUAUGCAGAGCCAGUACAUGGGGAGAACGACCAUAUGAAGGACGAAGCGCCCCGGGAUUCCCUCCUCACCGAGCGAGACGCUCAUGUCCGCGAAUAUCAGAAGAAGACAUAUGAAUGGAUAUCGAUAGGAACGGGGCCAGAUAUGGACAAGAUCAAAGAAGAGAGACACGCUCUGGCAAGGAAGUUGAACGAAAAUUAUUGGAAACUGGACAAAUAUGUCCGGGCCAGAACCUACUACGACCGUACGGGCAUGAUCGGGCCAGACGGCGAGAUCAACUUUUACCUGCCGCCUCCGGGCGAGGGCCAGAACGAGGAUCUCAAACCGACGUCGCCCGAGACCCUGCCGGAUGUUCCAAAGGUUGAACCUUCCGUGGAUGAUGUCGACUGA